GGCUUGUCACCACUAGCACGUCCCAUACGAUGAGCUCUACUAACAUCCUGCUUUGACAGUCCGGUCAGCUCCAAAUGUUCAGCGGCAAUGCUCACAAAGAUACUUAAAGAUAUCUCCUCAUCUCGCUCUGGUACACCAUGGAUUAAUAGUAUUCUGCGGCGACUCCUAAUCUCACGUUGUUUUGCUUCAUGAGUUAGUAUUUCUAAUUGCUUUUGAAGACUGUUGAGAGAAGAUAUAACAAAGCAUUUGAAACUUUCAUAGUUACUUGCCAAUGAAGCACUAGAGCCUCCAGAAGGUGCUUUUUGCAGAUCUCGCUGGAAUGCAGCCAUCGUCUCGUUGAAAUGUGCAGCUAAAUCCUCAACAGAUUGCUUGAUUGACUCCAUUAUACAGAUGAAGUGCAGUGUAUUGAAGUGCAGUUAAGAUUGUAGUUUUAGAAAGAAAUUAUCGAUAGGAAAAUAUUUGUGCUGGCAAAUAGUGCCUUAAGCAAUCAUUAAAUGUAAGUAGAAUUAUCAAAAUAUUAUUAAUUAUAUUUAUUUUAAUUAAUAAUACAAGAGCAGACAAAAAGUUGACUUUUUUGCACUACCCGCCCUGAAAUUUUAAAACCUACGGAAAAACCUAAAGUAUGUGAAACUUUAUCAGAAAUAUUCGCGUUGUUAGGUUCUCCGACAAAAAUCGUGCAUGAUGGGGAACAAUCGCUGUGUAGUGAACUAAUAAAUGAAUUAUUUCAAACUUUUAAUAUAAUAAAUCACACUACAAGUCCGCAACAUCAUAAAUCAAAUUCCGAUGUAGAAAGAUUGCAUAGUACUGUUCAAGAAUUAUAUAGAUUACAACGCGAUUCAGAUUUAAAUAGAAACCAAAAAAUAUUUUAUAUUACGCAUGCUUAUAAUAAUACAAUGCAUAGCGCAAUUAACAUGACGCCCUUUGAAGUUCACUUUGGAAGAAAACCAAGGUUAUGAAGUUUUGAAGAUAUGCGAGUUAUAGUUUAAAAUUAUACACUUCAACAAAAAGAAUUUAUAGAAAACUUAAAUAAAAAUAUCGUUGAUAAAUUAAAGGAACAAAUAACUAAAAGAAAUAAUAGAUUAAAUAAAAGAAUAAGGCCUCCAAAGGAAUUUAAAGUAGGAGAUACUACCUAUCUUAGAAAUAGCAUGGCAGAGAGACAUAAAACUAAUCCGCGAUUAUUAGGACCUUUUAAAAUAGUUAGUUCUGAACCAAAUAAUAAAUAUAAACUUAGUAAUGGUAGAACGUAUUAUGUGGAAGAGUUAAUUGUUACAGAAUCACCGUUAUCUUCGGAUUUAAGUUCCGCCAACUAAAUUAUGAUGUACAUAUAAUUUUAGUAGAAAUGAAACCAACUCGAAUCGUCGAAGGAAGAUGGACGGUUAUACGUAAGUUAGAUAUUAGUUCUAUAGUAUUAAAUAUAGAGGUAUUAAAAGCAACUAUUGCCUCUGCGAAGGUAAGAAGUAAAUUAGAGGAUGUUCAAAAUAUAUACAAUAGAAUCAAUAUUAUAUUGGAUCAUUUAGACGAAAUUUGUAAUCAUUUAAAUAUCCAAACAAAAACUAGAAGUAAAAGAGGAUUAAUAAAUGGAUUAGGUUCUAUUAUUGAAGCCAUUACAGGUCAUUUAGAUCAUGAUGAUUUAAUUCAUAUUAAAAAAAAUUUGAAACUUUAUAAAUUGUUACUAAUAAACAAAUAUCCAUAGAAGACGAGUCCUUAGAAGAAUUCAAUCAUCAGAUUUAGAAAUUACUGAUAUACAGAAAAGUUUAGAUCGACAAUAUGUGUCUAUUAAUUAUCAAAAGGUUCGUCAAAAUUUAGCAUUAGGUUUGUUAUUACAAGCGUAAACUUUACAAGA